CGUGGCGGGGACGGGCGGGUAUCGGUGGAAUCGGCAGCGCGACGCACAGAUGUCGACGGCUGGAGUUUGAUUCUUAGUUUGCCUUCAAGAUUUGGCCUAUGACUGCAAUGAGUGAGGAUAUAGACAAACAUCAUCCAUCUGUGCAUUGAUCAGGGCAGCUUCAUAAAAUCCUAGUCCUGGGGUAACAGCAGCUCCCAUGUGACAGCAGAAGGUGGCACGAAACGGGACUUAAAAAUGGAGGCAUCAGGGUAGAAGGUAGAAGACUUGGUAUUACGGCCAUCAGGGUUCUUGCUGGCUCCGUCUUUGAAUGUGAGAGUGGUUAGUUCAGCCACACCACUGCCACUACAUUGUGGAUAACAUGAGUACUCUAAUGAUGUGUACAGAUCGAUCACUGGACAUCUUGAAAUUUUCCUCACAUCUGUACCCCAACUUUCGGCAUAAACUUUUGCUAUAAUGAAAUAAGUGUCUUAGAAAUUCCUAUGCAAAUACAUUUUACAAAAUAGAGUAAUAGUAUCUUUUGAAAUGAAAAGGACGUAUUGAGAAUCAUAAAGCUGUAGAAAAAUAUAAAAUAAUAUUUUCAUAGGAAUGUGUUUAGAAUGAUACUUGUUACAUGGGUGAUCGAAAAAUAAAUAUUCUUUCUGAAAUGCUUGCCAAUUAUGUUAUAUGAUAUGUUCAUUGUGAAGUGGACUUGACAACAGAAAGUGCUUGAAAAUGUUUGACUAAAAAUAAAGAUUCUUUAAAGCUUUCUUACAGUGCAUAGGAACAUGGAUCACCUUGGAGGAACUAGCGUUGGGUGGUACAACUGGGAACUUGUAACCAAUAAGGUUCAGGUGGACCUUAUGAAUGCAGAUGUUGUCCACCAGAUAAAUCAUCCUGUGCAAGCAUCUUAUGGAACUCCACAACAUGUGUCUGUCCAGCUUGCAGUACCACAAGCUCCUCGUUCUAAUCAUGCAGUCAGUUUAGAAUCUACUAAUACUACAAAUACCCCAAAGCCUCCAGGCCCACGGCCUCCAAGAGGCCGCCAUGCCCAUGGAGAGCGUGUAGCAUGUCAUGAGUGUGGUAAAACAUAUGCAUGUAAUGCAAAUCUACGAGACCACAUGAGGAUACAUACCGGUGAAAGGCCCUUCUCUUGUGAUGAAUGUGGGAUGACUUUCACACAGAGAUCAAAUCUCCGCAUGCACAAACGUGUCCAUACUGGUGAACGACCAUACAUGUGUGGUGUGUGUGGGAAAACAUUUUCUAGGUCAUCUCACCUACCUGGCCACAUGCGACAGCACACAGGAGAAAAGCCUUACACGUGUGAAGAGUGCGGACAAACCUUUACCACAAGCCAGAGUAUGAAGAAUCAUAAGCGCAUUCAUACAGGAGAGAAACCAUAUGUUUGUGAUGUUUGUGAUGCUGCCUUUACUCAAAGUUCCACUCUGUCCACUCAUAAGAAAUCGCACACUGGAGAUAAGCCUUUCAAAUGUGAUAUAUGUAAUAAAAGGUUCAUUUUCCGAUCUGGUUUAAAUGAACACAUGAUAGUACAUAGUAGAGAUAAACCAUACCAGUGUGACCAGUGCCACAAGAGAUUCAAAUACUCUAAUUAUUUGUCAAAGCAUAAAAAAAAGUAUUGCGGUAAUGAUGGCUAUCGCAAGAGGUGGCAGAAGUCUGGGGUAAAGAAGCCAUCAGGAAGAAGAUCAGGUGGGUUUCGCAAAGCUUCAUCUUCUCUAAGAGUAACUACAUCACAUACCCUAGAUGAUGAUCAAGGUGAUGAUGAUGAGGUUAUAUCACUUCAUGAAGAGGAGGAGGAGGAGGAAGAGGAACAGAGACAGGAGCAACAGCGAAGAAGCAGGAUAUCUCGUUACGAAAAGAGGAAGGAGAAGAUUCCUUUACAUAUUUCUGAUGAUGGCGAUUGGAAAAAGGCUUGGAUAAAGCAAGGAUAUAAAUUUGAAUUGCCAACAAGUAUCAAGAUGGAGCAGUUCCAGCGUGCCCACAUGGUGGCUCCAGCAGCUUCCACAGCCACUGCACCAACUUCCACAAUGAGUGCAUAUACCUACAGUGGAUUAGAAGAGUUCCUGGUGCCUGCUCCUGUUCAAGUUGACAUUGGGAACAAUGUUGCAAGACAAAUAAGUCAACAGAUACAACAUGUGCAAUUCACAAGUGUUUCACAGAUGCAGCCAGUACAGUUAACGGCUACUACCACUAACCCCUCAUCAAGAACUUCCCAAAGUCCGGCAUUAGGAACACAUGUAGGAACGUCUGUUGAACCUCCACCACCAGCAAAGUCUUCAUCUAGAUCACGUGUAAGAAGUGGUACUGGAGAGCGUGUCGUUUGCCCAGAAUGUGGGAAAUCUCUAGCAUGUGGACCAAAUCUCACUGAACACAUGCGCACACAUACUGGAGAACGUCCGUUUGUUUGUCAUGAGUGUGGGGCUUCCUUUGCUGCAAAAUCAAAUCUUAGAACUCAUAAACGAUUACAUACAGGUGAAAGACCAUACAUGUGUGGUGUUUGUGGUAAAACUUUUUCACAAAGUUCUCAUUUGCCAAGUCACAUGCGAGUUCACACUGGGGAAAGACCAUAUGAGUGUCCUGAGUGUCCUAAAUCAUUUUCAUCUAGCACAACCUUGAGAAAUCAUCUUCGUAUACAUAGAGGAGAUUGCCCAUUUAAAUGUGAGUACUGUGGUAGAGGAUUUGUGUGUAAAUCUUGGCUUCAAGAUCACUAUAAGGUACAUACUGGAGAAAAACCUUUUCAGUGUGACAUUUGUAAUAAGUGGUUUAAAGAUAAAUCAUAUAUAACUAAACACAAAAUGAAAUAUUGUGGCAAUGAUGGCUAUAAGAAGAGAUGGAGACGUCCAGGAGUAAAGAAGCCACCAGGGAGAAAACCAGGUGGAAUAGCAAAGGCCAAAGUAUAUGAGGAAGAGGAUGCUGACCAACCAAAGCGUCCAAGAGGACGUCCAAAAGGGUCAAAAAACAAAAGGGGAAGGAAACGGAAACCAGUAAAUGUGAGGAAAAAACGGAGUAAUGCAGCAACAGAUUCUGACGCUGAAUUUGAAGAGAUGCUACAAGAACAUGAGUCAGAAAGACCUGAGGGAAGCAAUUCAGAAAAGCUAGAAGUUGAUUGUGAUGGUAAAGAAAGGCAGCAAUUGUUAGAUUCAGACAAACAUGAAUUUUUAGAUUCUGAAAGACAGGAAUUACUUGAAGCAGAGAGGCAUGAUAUGCUUGAAAUAGAAAAACAAGAAAUACUCAGUUCAGAAGUAGAUGGCACUACCUCCAUUCAGGAAGAAUCUUCAGUUGAAGAUGUUAAGGGAUCUUAUUUACAACUAAAUGCUAUCAGACUAAGUGACACACACCAGCAUGAGGACCCUCGGCAAGAUCACCGACAGGAGCAGAAACACCACCAUUACCAGCAGCAGUAUCAGUUUGAAGCCUCUGCUGAUCAGUCAACAUCAGAAACUCAUUCUGGCAAGAACAGUGACUCACUCUCCAUACAACAUAUUCCUAUGGUGCAGCUACAUGUACACAUGCCCCAUACUUCACUACCAACUCAUGUUCAGCAAACACACAUGCAGCAGAAUCAUGUCCAUCAGUCAAUUCCUCAACCUCAAAACCUUGUGCAGCCACAAAACCUCACACAGUCCCAGAAUCUUGUGCAACCCCAAAACCUUGUCCAACCUCAAAAUCUUGUACAGCCACAAAAUCUUGUUCAGCCUCAGAACUUAGUGCAGCCCCAGAAUCUUGUUCAACCACAAAAUCUAUCUCAGUCAGAAAGCCUGAAUCAACCACAAAAUCUAUCACAACCACAAAAUCAUUCUCAGCCUCAUAAUCUCUCACUAUCUCAGAGUCUUUCUCAGCCGCAAAACCUUUCUCUGACUCCAAAAUUAGUUCAGUCCCAUAGCAUGCAUCAGCCCCAAAACUUGUCACAGCCCCAAAAUCUUGCUCAGCCACAAAAUUUAUCCCAGCCACAAAAUCUUUCUCAGUCCCAUAGCCUGUCGCAAACUCAAUCAAUGUCACAACCACAGAAUCUUUCUCAGUCACAAAAUUUAUCCCAGACUUCAAAUAUGUCUCAGCCCCAAAAUCUAUCACAAAAUGAUAAUUUGUCUCAGCCCCAGAAUCUCUCACAGCCUCAAAAUCUUUCUCAGCCACAGAACUUAAGUCAAACACAUGUUUCAUUACAGGAUCAUUUAACGCAGCUAAACCAACCUCACCAGACCAUACAUAUGGUUUACUAUAACCCAUAGAAAAGCAGAUUUAUUUACAUUUUGCAUGUCCAUUCUCAUUUUUGGAUUUAUAAAGUAGAUGUCUGCAGAAACAAUAGGCUUACAACUUAAAGAUAACAUCAGCUUCAUUAUCAAAAUACAGGACUGUAGAGUAUAUAUUAUAUUUAUUUACCACAAUGAACAUCAGUAAAUUUAACUGCUUUGUCCUUCACUGAUAUACUAUUUCAGUAUUUAAAAGGGACAAGUGAUUACAUGAAAAAUCCGAAGUGUCGCAUUAUUGUCUCGGGUUGGCUAUUUAUGCUGGAAAAUAGUAGAUAUCAAACAUUUUAAGGAAUAUUUGUUGUUAUUGCAAAGGAAGGUACAGUUAAACCGAUAAAACUUCAUUUUUUCAUCACACUUUCAUUCUUCAUUUGUAAAAUUCACAUCAUCAAAAAUGUGAUACAUGCACAAGAUUAGACUUCAUGGCCCAGUGGCUUGUCUGAUUCUUUGCAGAGGAAGUAAGAAUUCCAUGUAACUGAAUAUUAGUUUUAUAUUGGUACCCAAUGAUAUAGAUUAAUAGAUGCUGAAAUUGCAUUUUCAGUGUUAGUGAUUAUGUAAAACAAUUUAUAAAUAAAAUGAAAAUAUUCA